AUGUUGUGGCUAGGGGAUGAGAGUGACCACAGUUUUUUCGGGAAAAUUCGGUAUGUUAUUUUCAUGGUGAAUAAAUUUUUAUGUAAAUUUUUGAGAAAUUCUAAUUUUUUGAAGAGUUUUCCUUUUGUCAUCCAAAAUCGGACCUAAUCUUUAUGCGAAUUUUUUCAAAAAAAGCAUGGGAAUUUUUGGAGAACGGAAAAUGCAAUAGACAAACGCACAGUGCAACUGAUUGUGAAAUGAAAGAAAAUUGUGGGUGCACUGUGCAGCGGGAUUGACAAUGAAAAAAAUCUGAAAAUUCUGAGCCAAAGUUGGAGUAUUCGAUAACUGAGAGUUGUAUUUAAUUUGCAGUCCGUCCACGCCUUUCAAGUACCUUUAUCUCUCAUAUUUCCUCUCCUGUUUCAACGACCAACUAUGGGCAUUUGCGAUGAUAUUUAUGUUGGAACAUCUGGGAAGUUUGAGGCUGAUCGGGGUCAGUCAAUUGGCCGAAAAUGCUCUUCAAAUGUUGGCCAGCGCCUUCAUUGGGGGCUGGAUGAAUAAACACUCCAGAAUAUACGGUAAGACGAUUACUUUUUUUUAUUUUUUUUAUAAACUCUCGAGGCCUAUCUUCAUUGUAUUUUACAGCGACAUUAUCCGUCUUGGCAAUAAACAAUUUGGCAGUGACUUUGUCGGCCUCUUUGUUGAUCACAUGCAUGGUAAUUGUUGAUGAUUACCCAAGAUUGUACAUCUUAUGUCUUGUUUUGUCCAUUUUGUUUGGGGCACUGUCAAAAUGCGCUUCAGAAGGCGAGGAAAUGGCGUUUACAAAAGACUGGAUCGUGGUGA